GUGACCGAGAGAAACUUGUCUGUUUGGCGGAGAGGCCAGCCCCUGGGGCCCCCCAACCCCCUUCUCCCGCUCCUUGGCUUUGAGAUCCGCACUCGGUUUGCAUCCCGCCCCUGGGGUGAGGGGGUUGAACCCUCCAAUCCCAAAGGUGAGAAGGUGAUGACGGUUCCCGGGACCUCCAGCUGGGCUGCUGGCAGUAGGAACCGUGCACGCUCUAGUUUCGAAUGGGACAUCCACUGGCCCACAGUAUGGCACUAGGCAAGUUGCUUAACCUCUCUGAGCCGCAGUCACCCUGUCCUGGAUGGGGUGAGAACUCCCUCGCAGGGCAGAGCCUGCGGUGGGGAUAAGCAGCGCAGCCAGGGACGGCCAGAGUGCAAUGCCCACCCACACUUGCCUGGCAGAGGAGGUGACUCAGGAGCUUCUGAUCCUCCCUGCCUACUCUACCCUUCGAUAAGUCCAGACUUGCAGAGUUCAGGUCUGAUCUGAGAGGGAGGGCUCAGACUGCCGGGAGCCUGCUUUUUGAUCCUGGGUGGCAAAGAUAAACCCAACAAUCCCCCUCCCUCCCCCACCCCUUGCCAGUCUUUAACCUAGAAUUUUGCUAGGUCCUGCAGAUGUGAAGCGUGAGUGCAAGCCACUCACCUUGGAAGGAAGCAACUGUGGGCACUUUCCUUUCCCUCUUUGAGCCUCAGUUUCCCUGCUGGAAAAGGGGUUGCUGAUAGCCUCUUUCUUGCCUUCCUAUUGUGGCUGACUGGUUGAGACCCUAGAACCUGGAGAUACUUUGAUAUUUAACACUUCCCUUCUGACUUGGCACUAAUUUACUCUUUUGAAGAGGGAGGGGGGAGAUGGCUGUGAAGUUACUUAGAGAUUAAGGCCUUCCUGGAGUCCCUGGAAGAGUCAGGAAGGCUGAAAAGCAGCAAAAUGGGGAAGUGGGGGGAAUACACUGGGGAAGGAGGCAGAAAGUGUCCCCCCCCCCCCCAGGGAACUGCACUGCAUGACUCGUGUGUGCUGAAACAGCACAGGGAUGGUCAGCAUUGUGGACUGCCAGAUGCAAGAUUGGGGAGGAAGGGAUGGAAUUCAACCUGAGGCUGGGAGGGACUACAGGGGCCACAGAUAAGAAUGCCAGAUCUAGGAGCGGAGGUCUAGGCAGUGGAGAGCUGCUGGAGGGUUUUUUAAGCUGGCAUGAUAGGGUGGGGUUGGUAAUUCUAAGAAAGAGUCCUCUGGCUCGUGGGUGGCGCUGGAGCCUGGGAAGCCAGUCUGGAGGCUUGAGUGCUCCAGCCUUUUAGAGUCAGAAGGAGAUUUUCACUCACUUCAUUGCUUCCUAGUUCUGUGACCUUGGGCAAGUGACUCUAUCUCUCUGAUUCUCAGUCUCCUCAUCUUUCAAAUGAGGAUGGUAAUUCUGGUCUCACUGACUGUUACGGAUGUUAAAUAGGAUGACAAACUACCUGUGCUAAUAAAAUGAGAAGAGGUUUGUGGCCUGUAUUACAUUGUGCAGACAUCUGUUGAACUGCUAACAGUACAAGGCAGAGCCAGUAUCUACUAUGGGUCCUAAACCUUAGUUCACCACCUGGCAAAAGCCCUAAGUAACCUGCAAGCUUGGACCAACUGGUACCCUCUCCUAGCAGAGGGAAGCUUUUUGCCCAGGACAUUUCUCCCAUCUGGCUUAUCCACUUCACAUGGCCAGGUCCACGCAGGAGAGGAGCUGGACCGUCAGAUUUGGAGAUGGCCACACAUCACAAAGUGUGUUGAACCUUGACAGGGGUGGCCCAGUAGAAGAGUGACCUUUACUGGAUGAAGGGCGAGUUAGACUGGGAAGACCUCACAGAGGAGGUGACUUUUGAAUCAAAUGAGUGAGAAUUUGCAUGGAGGACAAAGAAAAGGGUUUCUCUGUCGUCUUCACUGAAGGGGACAGCCUGUGCAAAGAUGUGGGGCCCAAGGAGAAAGACAGGCCCCUGGACGGGCAAGCUGUCUUGGCAGGAGAGGUUUUAAAGCAGGAGCAGUGAUGCGGUCCUGGUCUGUCUAGAUGGCACGCUGGUGCCCAGCAAGGCCGGCAGUUGGAGGCAGAGGGCCAGGAAUGAGGCUGUUGUAGCAGUCCUGGCCAGGAGGCCUCUUGAACCUGACCUGGGCAAGGCCAAGGGGAGAGGGAGGGGAAGACAGCCACCCACCCAGGGGUAGCUGCUGAGUCUCACCUGUUCUCAUUCUGUCACCGGUGACACAGCUGCUUCAGCCUCCUUCAGCCUCUGUGAUACUUCCACACUCCCUUAUCAGCUCGCUGGCAGAGGACUUGUAGCCUGAGUGAGGCCCUGCAGCGUGCACUGAGAAUCCAGGAAGAAUCCAUGUUGAAGUCUCCUCUAUCCUCUGCCCCUACCUUGCUUUCAGAUCUGUUGGUGUCACUGCUCCUUUUUCUUACCUGGUCUCUGAAAUCACCCGCCGGUCAGGGGGUGGGGCAGGAACCCACAUGCAAUGAGCACCAGUGUGUGCCAGGCCCAGAGCUGAGCCUUCCCUUUACCUCAUAAUCAUCGGUGACCUUGUGGGAACAGCACCAGGCUUCUCAGCAGGUUGCAGAUGAAGACACACACAGGCCUCCUAGCAGCCCCACCAUGCCGUGGCCCCUGCUGCUGCUGCUGCUGCUGGCCACGAGCAGGGCCCAGACCACCCGGCCCUGCUUCCCCGGGUGCCAGUGCGAGGUGGAGACCUUCGGCCUCUUUGACAGCUUCAGUCUGACACGGGUGGACUGCAGCGGCCUGGGCCCCCACAUCGUGCCCGUGCCCAUUCCCCUGGACACAGCCCACCUGGACCUGUCCUCAAAUCGGCUGGAGACAGUGAACGAGUCCGUGUUGGCAGGGCCGGGCUACACCACGCUCUCCGGCCUGGAUCUCAGCCACAACCUGCUCACCAGCCUCUCGCCCACGGCCUUCUCCCGCCUCCGCUACCUGGAGUCGCUCGACCUCAGCCACAACGGCCUGGCCGCCCUGCCCGCCGAGAGCUUCACCAGCUCGCCCCUGAGCGACGUGAACCUGAGCCACAACCGGCUCCGCGAGGUCUCCGUGUCCGCCUUCGCCACCCACAGCCAGGGCAGGGCGCUGCACGUGGACCUCUCCCACAACCUCCUCCACCGCCUGCUGCCCCAUUCCUCGAGGACUGGCUGGCCGGCGCCCACCAUUCAGAGCCUCAACCUGGCCUGGAACCGGCUCCGCGCCGUGCCCGACCUCCGGGGCCUGCCCCUGCGCUACCUGAGCCUGGACGGGAACCCGCUGGCAGCCAUCGGCCCCGGCGCCUUUGAGGGGCUGGCGGGCCUCACUCACCUGUCGCUGGGCAGCCUGCAGGGUCUCCCCCAGCUGGCGCCCCAUGGCUUCCACGAGCUGCAGGGCCUGCAGGUCCUGGACUUGUCCAGCAACCCCAGGCUCCAGUGGGCGGGACCUGAGGUGUUCUCGGGCCUGGGCUCCCUGCAGGAGCUGGACCUGUCGGGCACGGGCCUGGUGCCCCUGCCCGAGAAGCUGCUCGUCCACCUCCCCGCACUGCAGAGCAUCAGCGUGGGCCAGGGCGUGCAGUGCCGGCGCCUGGUGCGGGAGGGCACCUACCCACGGCAGCCUGGCUUCACCCCCAAGGUGGCCCUGCACUGCAUAGACAUCCAGGAGUUAGCCGCCAGGGGCUCCAAUACCUUGUGACGAACAGUGCGGCCCGGGGCCGUGUAACAGACUGUGCCCUGGGUUUCCUCAGGUCCUGGGUAAUUUAUAUUUUAAUGUGCCAAUGCCCACAGGGACUCUCCAUUCCUGUGUGGCAGCAUCAUUGAAAGAGAGGCUUUGAACCUGGGACCCACACCCAGGAGCAAAGUCUUGCGCCUUUGUCUAUGUUGCUCCCCAGACCGUAAGCCAAGGGUCUUCGAUGCCAAACCAGACAGCAGUCCCCUGCUGUCCUUCCCCACUUGUCCCCAAAGUGCCUUCCCUGAGGCCUGGACCAACCUGACCCUGUGACAGGAGGGAGGCGGGAGGGAGGUCCAGCUACUCGGACAUGGGUUUCUUCUGUGACAUAAAUCUCUCUUUGUUCUGGCCACGUGAGGCCUACCUCAUUCUUUUUUCUUCCCCUAGAAUUCUGUAUAGGACUUCAGUUGUAGAAAGGAUGGGAGAAAAGCAUCAAGCCCACUUCCUCAUGUGACAGAUGGGGAAACUGAGGCCUAGAGAAGGAAAAACGGUGUUCAGAGGUCUUACAGUGGCAGAAGCAUGAGUGACCUCAGUGUCCCACAUGCCUGCCCAAAGGGCCUGGUUGCACUUUUCUCUAAAUCAUGCCCUCCCUCUCCCCUUCCUGGGCUCCCCCUUGCUUCCAAGACUCACAUCCUCCCAUUUGUACCCUUUCCCUGUCAUCCCCAGGAGGGCAGGCCAGGGCCUUGAGGCUGGCACUCUGGGCCUGGUAACUAGCUGUGGCUCAGGCUAAGUCAGUUCACCCCAGAGCCCCUGGAAGCCUCAGGGGUGCCAGUCCCAGCCCUGCCAGUUUCCCACUCAGGAGGCGUCCCCCAGCGUCCAGAAUGGAAAUGCGCUCCUUGACCCCUGAGGUCCUGCCUCUAGCUGGUUCCCCAGGAGUUGAUGCCGUCCUGGAGCCCCACCAGCUCCGAGGGGCCUCCUGCAGUCAGCCCCUACUGGCCUUGUGCCCGACAGCCCAGCUCAUCCUACUGCGAAUGCAGCCAAGGAGGCAGGGUAUCCCCCACCCAUGUUUAUGCUUCCCCACCAGGGUGGCAUCUCAGCUUCCCAGCCCUGGGCUCUUUCCUUAGUAUCAGUUUUAUAAAAGUUGUUGCCUUUUUAAUGGACUGUCACUUACCACCACCACACCCCCCCCCCCCCCCCAAUCCAGGUCCCUGCUGGCAGGGGAUUGGAAAUAUGUCAUUUGUAAAAGAAAGAAGACAUUGCAUAUGUUCACUUUUGUAACAUUGCGUCCUGGGGAUGAGCUGGGAGAGGAGGCCUUGGGUAGAAGCCAGCCAUACAUCGCCAUGCAGGCAUCCAUGGGGCCGGUCCCUUAGAGACGCCCACAGGACAAUGAGAGCUCUGUCCUCCCCCAGCAGCCCCACCCAACACCUUGGUUUAAUAAACACUACAAAGAGUC